AUGUCUAACUUUGUUAUGUUUGCAGGCCCAUCACUUCGCAUAGUGAUGAUAGGGAAAAGUGGAGUUGGGAAAAGUGCUCUUGGGAACACCAUCCUUGGAAGAAAUGCAUUUGAAUCACGUCCUACAGCGAAUUCAGUGACCAUCACUUGCCAAAGGGAAAAAGUCUAUGACACAAGAGAGAUUUACAUCACUGACACUCCUGGAAUCUUGCAUACUAUCAAACCAACAGAGAUUAUCAAAAAAGAAAUAGUAAAAUGCAUUCAGGUUUCAGCCCCUGGACCUCACGUCUUCCUGCUGGUGCUGCAAAUUGGCCGUUUCACCCCUGACGAGCACAAUGCUGUGAGGGCCCUGCAGGAGAUCUUUGGAGAUGAAGCUUCUAAAUACAUGAUCAUGGUGUUCACACAUGGGGAUAGAUUGCGAGAUCAAUCAAUAGAAGAGUAUAUACACACUGGACAUUCCAAACAACGUAAAGUGAUCGAGUCUUGUGGGGGAAGAUACGUUGUCUUCAACAACAAGAACAUGAAAGACAGAGAGCAAGUCAGGAAUCUCAUUGUUAAUAUUGAUAAAAUGGUUUCAGCCAAUGGAGGAAGUUACUUCACCCAAGAAAUGUAUGAAGAAGCAGAACAAAAAAUCCAGCAGCAGAAGCAAGAUCAAACUCAGGAUGAGCUUGAUCAAAACCAGAAUGACCUAGAUCCAACUCAGUAAAGACUAGCUUGAUCAAAACCAGAAUGAC